AGAGAGAGAGAGACAGAGAGAGAGAGAGAGAGAGGACAGGUUAUACCUGCAUGACCUGGGAAACAACCCAUGUGACACCUGCUGCUGUGAACACGCUCUCGGGAUGCGGGGACGAGCCUUUUUGUCUGCCAGAGAUACUGUGGCGUUAAUGAGGGUGUGAGUUUUGUUUGUGCUACUGUUGAGUCAGGUUCAUACCGUCUGUUCAUCACACACAGGAAGUUGAUUGGUAGCCGUGGUCACAAUGCCGGGGACGAAACACAGCAAUCCACCCUACCAGCCCAAACACCACAGCAGCAGACACUCCAACCCUGUCUUCUCCUACUAUACUUCAGACAAGAUGCUUCACUUCUACCGCUGGUCCUCACCUCCUGGCGUGAUGAAGAUCCUAUGCAUCAUCAUCGUCAUCAUGUGUGUCGCUGUGUUUGCCUGUGUAGCCUCCACAUUGGCCUGGGACUAUGACAUGAGCCUCAUGGGGAUGGGAGGUGGUGUUGGACUGCCAGGAUUCGGUGGCUCGUACGGCGGAUCAUAUGGCAGUAACUAUGGAAGUGGUUAUGGCACAGGCUAUGGCUCCGGUACAGGGUAUGGUUCAGGUUAUGGUGGCUCCUAUGGAGGUGGCUCCUAUGGGUACGGAGGAACACAAAUGGAUCCUAAAGCAGGCAAAGGCUUCAUUAUUGCCAUUUCUGCCAUCACAUUUAUCGCCGUCCUCAUCAUUUUUGUGCUGGUAGUGUCAAGACAAAAUGCAGCUCGAUCUUCGAAGUUUUACCUGGCAACCACCAUCAUCUGUGCCAUCUUGGCAUUUCUUAUGAUCAUCGCCACCAUUGUGUAUCUGGUGUCAGUGAAUCCAACAGCUCAAUCCACAGGUUCAGUUUACUACAGCCAGAUCCGCCAACUGUGUUCCCAGUACCAGACACAGACGCAGGCCCAAGGCAUCUUCAUCAACCAGUAUCUGUACCACUACUGUGUGGUUGAGCCACAGGAGGCUAUAGCCAUUGUCCUUGGCUUUCUGGUUUUCAUUGGUCUCAUCAUCUUGCUCGUGUUUGCUGUCAAGACUCGAUCCAAGAUGCGUCACUGGGGCGAGGAUCGAAUUCUGUGGGAAGAAGUGAAAGUGGUCACAGAUGGUCUGAACAACAGUGUUGGAGAAUGGGUGAACAAUGUGACUGGUGAUGCUGAGGUUCCUCUGAACGCUGCUAAUGACAAAGCUUGGGGUUCCAGGGAGUAUCUGGAACAAGUGGACAACAACAAGCCUCUCUACCUGCCAGGAGAUUCAGACAUCAGCAGCUCAGUUGGACCUCUGAAGGCCAGACUACAUGAUUACGAUCCUGGUAUGGAGUCUGGAGAUGAUCUGGAGGAGGAGGAUUUUAGCUCGGUGUUUCCUUCCAUUGUGGAUGAGCAGGAACGUCUGACCUACAGAAAGGAGUUUGACCAUGAUCAUCUGGAGUAUAAAAACCUGCAGGCCGAGCUUGAUGGCAUUAAUAGAGACCUGGCUGAUCUGGACCGAGAACUGGCCCGACUGCCAGAGGGCAGUCCACAGUUCCUGGAUGCUAUGAGUGAAUACACCAAGCUCAAGAACUUCAAAAAGUCUCCCAGUUAUCAGAUAAAGAAGAAGAGGUGCAAGUACCUGAAAUCCAAACUGUCCCACAUCAAGAGGAAGAUCAGCGAGUACGACCGCAGACCCUGAAUCCCCAACUUUCUAAACAGUUAAAUCUGUGAAUUAUUUUCCUCACUUCCAAUGGUGGACUCGAUCAUAGGCAUUUAAACAAACUGAACAGUGUGAUGGUGACAAUGAACAGCUCUUCUGCUUAAAUAUCACAUAUGUUUCAGGGCCAAGAAUUAAGCUUUGUCAGAGAUUAGCAGGUAAAGGAAACAUCGGUAUACUGUAGUUUUAAAAACAUAUUUAUGUCAUCAUCAUUGAUCAGUUUUUUAAUAGAUAUAUUGUUAUAAACGUAUGAAGAACAAUUUUUUUUUUCACUGUUGGAUUUAGGGAGGGGAUGUGAUUCUUUGAUGCUUCAGUGCAAAUGAAGCAGUUUUUCAUUAUAUUAAAUUUUAAGAAACAGUGAAGGAGCAGCUAAGUUGUAUUAGAUAGUGUGACACGAAAGUCACUGACCAUUAUAUGUGAAUAUUGUUUAUAUUAUCAAUUUUUAAUCUUGGAAAAGUUUUUUUUCUUUUCUUGUGUAUGUCAGCAUGAUUAAUGGUGGCUCCUUAUUCUCAUAGUAUCAUUUUUAAACUGUCACGUCACUUUUUUCUAUGUAACUCAAAGCCAAUAAACAAUUUCACCACUUUUCUACCAGCUUUUAU